AUGGCUGAUGAUUCACAAACAUCGGGAGGAACUACUGGUAAUACUAAUUCAACUUCUGGACCAGUGCCAACUUCAUCCUCUGAAUAUAUCAAAUUGCGGGUUGUAGGACAGGACUCGAAUGAGGUACAUUUUCGUGUGAAAUUUGGCACAAGCAUGGGGAAACUGAAAAAGUCUUACGCAGAUCGAAUGGGUGUCGAUGUUGGUUCACUGCGCUUUUUAUUUGAUGGACGGCGAAUUAAUGAUGAAGAUACUCCUAAGACACUGGAAAUUGAGGAGGAUGAUAUAAUUGAAGUUUACCAAGAGCAAGUUGGUGGUCGCUUUGCUCAUUGA